AUGGAAGCUACCGGUUCGACACCAGCCCUUUCGCUGGAAGAGAGGGGACGUCAAACUACAGAGAGGAUGCGUCUACUGCGUGAGAGCGUUGAUCGCCUCUACUGGACUCUCGCGGGCGACUUUCCUGCCUGCGCCUCUGUUAUGAAGACCUCCAAAAGUGGCCGGGACGGGCUCGAACCCCUUCAGAAUCCAGACGGUACCUGGCAUGAGAUUGCACUUUUACCAGUGAAUCAACCACCUGUCGCAUCUAUCGAGGCUUCCCUCAGAUUCCUGGACGAAUGGGAGCAUGACUGGGUGGAGCACCACGAGCGCCAUGAGGGAGCCGAGUAUAUUACGUACGGAGAGCUCGGUCAUGAAGAUCGGCCUUUUGCACGCGAGAUGAAGGAAGAUGGAAGCUGGGACGAGGACUCGAACACCGAGUUUCUCAACAGAUGCUGCGGCCGAGACAGGCCAAUCAACUGGAGAGAUCUGACGCUGCACGUUGCCGCAUCUACGGACAGUGGCUUUGUCACUAUAAAGGACUUUGUUUCAGCCGUGCAUCCAUGGCUCAUGAGCUUACGUGACGACCUUGCAGAAGCCAAGGUGGACUCCCCAUUGUGCUCCCCUGGACCGUUGGACGUGGCCCUCGAGGCCACAUGGAUAGUAGACGCCAGACAUGUGCCAGAAGUCGAUAUUGAAGUCGAAGAUUAUUGGGUGAAACAAUUUCGACCACCUCUGCCAAUGACUGAAGGGCUGAAGGAAGCAAUCCGACUCGCCCGGGCAGAGCGGCUUUCGAAAGCCGCUUAA